CAAAUACAUAUAUUUAACUGUGAAUUAUAACAUUCAACGUGUUUCAAGAAAAAAUGUAAUUUUUUUAAGAAAUGCAAUUGAAAUUAUUUGUUUUACAAGUCCCUUCCGUUUUUCUUUUGAUAAACGAAGAUCGCGCGCGUGUCUCGCAUAAAACUAUAGUCUUCAUUACGACACGAUAAAGUUUUAGGUUAUUUCACAUUUAAAAAAAAACAAUGCGGAAGUUAUAGGCAUCGUAAAAGGUAAAAUAUGAGUAGAAAACGUGCAAUAAAUAUCGCGCUUGUUGGUCGCCACUACGGAAAAAUUGAUAUCGAACGAGUGGGUUUCUUUAGCGACCCACCGCCGGGACCCUUUGAUGUUUAUCGGGCGCCUAUAAAAUUUCGCGAGAAUGUUGCCAAAGGGCGCCAGAUUCUCGGCGGGCCUCCGAAUCAAUUAUUCGAAAAGAAAUAUGAGCGAAUUUUUGAAGGCGAGGCAUUCAGGGAGCCGUGGCGCGACGAGGCGCAGCAACGGAUAAAAGACGAGAAGAGGAAGAUUGGCGGUCCCAUGUUACCGACAUCUCCAUCGAAGAAACGCUCGACGCCCGGCGACUGGUAUGGAUGCUUUGCUAAAUCUUCUUACUUCAGUCCGCAGUCGAAAGUGGAACCGAGAAAAAAGACGCCACCUAAUAUGAAGCUCAAGCCCAAUCCUCUCGGCGGCCCGGGAUACGCGGAUAUUUGCUUGAGUCCUUAUCCGGCGUACUCUCACGAGCCUUACGAUCGCAUCAAGAGAGUAGGCAAAAAAGUGGUGUCUGAAGGCCGAUUCUUGACGACUAGUGCACCGUUGGAUUAUUUCCCCCCCAAUCCUUACGAGGAUGAGGAACCAGGGCCCACUUACGUCCGUCCGGUCCAGAUUGCAAGGAAGACACUCGGUCGAUUCUACGUCCCUUUCCCCAAGAAACCCGGCGGAAGUCACGAUGGUUGCUUCAGCAAGUUUCCCAAGUACACGGGCGAUCCUUAUGUUAAGGCUAAGGGUAAAGCUGCCACUGAGCCCAAGUUUAUAAGCGGCGGACCAUUUCUACAUUCGAAAUACACGAACAGUAUUAUCGCGCAGAUAACGAAAAUAUCGUGCAACGCCCGCAAUUAUCAGGAAUAUCGAGAACGAGCGUAUCCUAUGCACUGAGGAAAUCUUUUUAAUUGCGCGGAAAUUGAACUCUCAAACUUCUCGUUUUUUUUAACUAUUAGGAGAAAACUUCUUCGUCCGUAAUUAUCAGUCGUGCUGAAAUUAAUUAAAAAUAACUAGAUUUGAUGUUUCUCCCUUUGUCUUUUAUUCGUGACUCUUUAUGUGGAGUUAUCGUUGUGUUUGUUAUCGUUAAGUAAAUUACUUAUGAACGAAUUAAAAAUAAGAAAAUAAGAACGAAUCAAACCGAUCAUCACGAUACCCGCGAAUUUGUGCGUAUUUCUUCAUUAAAUCCAUUUUAAAAAUU